AUGAGACAAACAAACUCUGGAGGCCUACUCAUAGAGGUCCGCGGAGAUCCAUCCCAAGUAGAGGCAGUUAGAGCCGAGGUCUCUAGAUUAGCGGGAGACGAGAUCGAGGUCAGAUCAUUGCAGCAGAGAACAACUCUCGAAAUCAAGGACCUAGAUGAAUGGAGCACCAAGGAGGAAGUCAUCUCAUCCCUGCUAGCCUCCUAUGGGACAGAAGGCGAGAUAUUCAAAGUGGCAAGUCUCAGAAGGCAGUAUGGAGGGACUCAGGUAGCUGUGGUCACGGCCCCUUCGGCCAUUGCGCAAAAGGCGAUAAGCGCCGGACGCCUUAGAGUAGGUAUGGUGAGCUGCCGGAUUAGACUGCACGAAGGCAAGGAGAGGUGCUUCCGCUGCCUUUCAUUUGGUCAUAUGUCCAAGGCCUGCAAGGGAAAGAACAGGAGUGGAUGCUGCUGGCGAUGUGGAGCGAGUGGACACUUGGCGGCUAAUUGCAAAGCGGAAAGAGAGACGAUUCUCUCAUUCCAGAAGACCUUGGAGGCUGGCAAGGCCAGGAAUGAACCGCGUCGUUACGACGAGGCGGUCAGUGGCGUCCAAAACCCAUAA